AUGAACUUAAAGUAUCCACGUUUCCGUAUCUCAGUUGAUCGGGGAGGAACCUUUACGGAUUUCGUGGGGGACGUCACGUUUGAGGAUGGAACAACGCAUUGGAAGACACUCAAGCUGUUGUCGUGUGAUCCGCAGCAUUACCCUGACGCUCCAAGUGAAGGUAUUCGACGCAUUAUGCGUUGCUAUAUCCCUGAUGUGGUGCCUGCCAGAGGUUUGAUAGAAAACGAAUACCUGGACGAGGUCCGCAUGGGAACCACAGUCGCCACGAAUGCGCUUCUGGAGCACAAUGGGGAGCGGUCUGUGAUGGUUUUAACAGAGGGUUUUGCCGACAUUUUGGAUAUUCGCGACCAGGCCCGUCCUUCCAUCUUUGCUCUGCACAUUAAGAAGAAUCCUGUUCUUGCGGAAUGCACCGUGGAGGCCAAGGAGCGUGUACGCAUAAUUUCAUUAAAAGAAGCAAGAUCCACAAUACCGUGGCCCAAGGAAUGGAUUAAAUGCGGGGAGAGCUACAUUGUAGAUGUCGUGCGGCCCCUGGAGAAGGAUGACCUGCGACAAAAGCUUCAGAAAGCAUAUAA